AUGGAACAUCUUCGUAACUCUUUCGUUUUGCUCUUCCUCUUGUGUUCACCGUGGCCAAGUGCUGGGACAACUUUCUUGACCCAUCUUGGAACGCUGUGUAUAGAAGACUGCAAGCCUGAUGGUGGCGAGUACAAGUGCAAGACUAUUGAUAAAGAUGGAAGAAGCCAAAAUAUGUUCUGUUCACCUCAAGAAAAUAUGGACUACUGGGGUAGGCAGUGCAGAGCUGACAGUAUGUGUGGCAAGUAUGGAGAAGACUACUGCUGGUGCAGAAUUAAUAUCUUUAGUUGGGGAUACUGUGGGCUGGUGAAGGCUGACAAGAAGCUCAUUGACUCUGGAGAGGGCACUCACAUCACCUCUCGACAUCGCAACAGGAGAGUUCCAGAAGUGAUAGACACAGUGGAUGACAAGGGUAACCAUAUAAAAACAACCUUUACUGCGGAGGCAGCUCCUGAUGAGAUCAUUGAUGGUAAACAAUGGAGAAACGAUGCUGAAAACUUAAUCAAUAGCUGGGAAAAUUUGCACCUGGUGGACCAGGCACGUUCCAAUCUGAUCAAGUCUGGUAAUCUCCGUAUCGACAUGCAGGGCAUCAUCAAACGCAACAAUCAGAGAUAUUACAACCUGCAGAUCCAGGUAAAUGUGCAACGGAAGAAAGGUGAAAGCACCACUGUGGCUCAGAUCAUCAUACCUGAUGAAAUUCCAGAACGUUAUGUUCGCAGAGCCUUCUUGGAGAGCUUCAACCGCAGAGCUCGGGUUUUUAUUGACGUUUCAAGGUAUUAG